CCGUCUCCCCUCCCUGCCGGGACACCUUGUCCGCGCGCCUGCUUCCGAAUUGGCUGAGGGAAGGUCGGCGGUGGGCGUGGCCGCCAUAAAAAGCACGAGGCUGAUAUAAAACAACCAGCCUCGAACUUUGAUGAUGAAAACACACAAGUGAUGUGAGAGAUUCGAGGACGGUCGUGCACGUCGGAUUUAAUCUCUGUGGACAACUAUUUCUUUCUGAGCCGGUGAAGGAUUUAUUUUCUGUGAUCUAAAUUGUUUUUUUUUGUUUGUUUGUUUUUGUCUAUUGGCUCUUCUCCUAUGGGAAUCAGCUGACAGCAUGGGGACACUGCUGUUUUUCGCCGUCGUGGUGACGUUCGGCUUGGUGACCGCCGACUGCCCGGUGGUGUGCGAGUGUGCUGCGGGGCCCGCGUCCUGCCCCCCGGGGGUCAGCUCGGUGCUUGACGCCUGCGGCUGCUGCAAGGUGUGCGCCGCUCAGCUCAACCAGGACUGUCACGAGGGACGGCCCUGCGACCACCACCGAGGCCUGGAGUGCAACUACGGCAACGACGUGGGCCACACCCAUGGCAUCUGCAGGGCAAAGGCGGAGGGCCGCUCGUGCGAAUACAACGGGCGGAUCUAUCAAAACGGCGAGAAUUUCAACGCCGGCUGCAAGCACCAGUGCACCUGCAUCGACGGAGCGGUGGGCUGCGUGCCGCUCUGCCCCAGCCACGUGCCCCUGGCGUCGCCCUCCUGUCCCGCCCCACAUCUGGUCAAGGUGCCGGGCCAGUGCUGCCUCACCAUCGACUGCCACAGGGGCGCCACCGCCGUGACCCCGGUGCACCGCCGGGCCCGGCCACCGGCCUUCCUGCCUUACCCCUUCAUUCCCUACCGGGCCUACCCCUUCCCCAAGCCUUACCCCAAACACUACUGGAAGCUGUACCACUACAAACCCAAAAAGGAGAAGGACGUCCUGGGCAACGAGCUGGUGGACGUCGGCCGCAAGUGGGACGAGCAGCGUGGAAACAAGCACCUGGCGGACUGGAGAAAGGUGGGAGAUCAGUGCGCGGUUCAGACUACUUCCUGGUCCCAGUGUUCUCGGAGCUGUGGGAUGGGCGUGUCGUCUCGCGUAACCAAUGACAACGCCCGCUGUAAACUGAUCAAAGAGACGCGUCUGUGCAACGUUCGGCCCUGCAGCUCGAUGUCCAUCCCCGUCAAGAAAGGAAGGAAGUGCUCCCGCACCCACAAGGCCUCUGAGCCCCACCGCCUGUCCUACGCCGGCUGCAGGAGCACCCGCCUGUACAGGCCCAACUACUGCGGCGUGUGCAGGGACGGCCGCUGCUGCUCGCCGCGCCGCACGCGCACCGCCGCCGUGGCCUUCGCCUGCACCGACGGCGAGCGCUUCAGCCGCUCCGUGAUGUUCAUCCAGUCCUGCAAGUGCAGCGACGAGUGCAACCACCUCAACGAGGCCGCCAUGCCCCCCCAGCAGUGGCUCUACGGAGACACGCACAAGUUCGUCGACUAGCGGCGGCGCCGCCACCCGCUCCCACCCUGACCGACAUUCCCUCACAAAAAGACAAUCAACUCCCCCCCCCCCCGUAGUGGUCCCCAGUAUAGAAUAGCUGUCCAUAGUGUAUCUAUAUGUAGACGCAAGCGAGGUGAACAAGUCCAAACGCUCUUUUCUUUGUGAUUAUUUCGGGGCGGAGGAAUCGGACGUGAGCGAAGUGACCAGCCUGCUUUAGUGUAGAUAAAGAGUUGUUUCUGGCCCGGCCAGACGGCUACGGACUGACUAGAGACUUGAUGCCAAACGUGAACACAAACCAGUCCUUAACCAAACCAGCCACCGCGUUGCUGCCGUGCACCAGAAAUGUCCCCUGAACUCUAAGACUUUUUUAUCAGGGACUCUGGAGAAAGAGCUCUCACACACACACACACACACACACACACACGACUGUCUGGAAUCAUGUGUGCCUGCAGUAUUGAUAAGCCAAAGGAAGGCUGCCGGAGAAGACCUGGCGGUGGAAAACUGGGCCGGCCGAAAGUGCAGGAGCAUCCGAGAUGCGUCUCCCAGAGCACAGCGUGCGUCUUUUCAUGGUAUUUAUUUGCUGGUAUUUAUUAAGACGGACGCAAUGACACCACGCAGGAGCCGAGCUGCUGUGUUGGCUCUACGGCAGGGGACGGUGUCCAAGAGAGGGACAAAACAGCUGAGAGCUGUCAGCGGCGAAAGGCCCCCCCCUCAGAUCCGCUUUAGGGUCACGCCGGAGGUCACAGAAAGCGGGCUGUUAGGAUCAAGGAUGAAUAAAGUGUGUACUUGGACCUGGGUCGAGUCCUCGUCCGCAUUAGUGGGGAAUAUGGUGAUGAAGGUUUUUUUACCCAGCAGGACUCAUGCCACGCCUCCGCCGGAAGGUGAGACAUUUAGCAGAACAACAAGACUGGGAAUUCUGGCAAAUUCCGAUCCUGACUGUGGACGGCGACGCGCGAGGGAACAUCGAACGGUUUCGCCGUAAAAGAACACAUUGUAAAAAUUGCCGUGCAAGAAGGUAAACGUGUAAUUUGUGUCUGGGCCUUUUAUCAAGCAGCACGCCAGCUCGGAGUAACUAAACGCCAAGUGUUCAUGUUUAUAGUGGCGUCUAUUUUGAGGAAUGCCAACUGUCAGAAGAGGCGUAAGGGGCGUAAGGUCAAUAGAGACCCAUCCCAAAGGAAGAGAUUCAAGACCUUUGACCUCAUGAAAGGUAAAAUUUUUACUGAAUACAUAUUAAGAGUAAUUCCAAAUCCUACGAUGUUUUCUACCAUAAUUGACUUAUCAGUUUGCUGUGUAACUGGAAAAUGUUUGCAUGGUCUACCGUUGCAUGGAAUAGAAAUCAAAGUUUGGAAAGUGGUCCCCAUGUUGGCAUUGCUAUGGUCCUUUGUAGAUGCUGUGGUUUUGGUAUUGUAUGCCUAGUUUUGUUAAAGGACACUAUAGAGCAGCUAUGUACAGAUCGUUACUGUCUUUGUAGUCCCACCUGCUGUGUAAGGGCCAAACCAAACAGUUAAACUGAAGUAGCCCAUGUAUAGUUUAGCACUGGACAGAGUGAGGUUCAGAUCCUUUGAGCGUUAAAGUGCCAAUUUUAAAGCAUGAUUUAUGCAACAUCAUCUGCGAUGUCAUGUCUUCUAAUGUUUCAUUAAAAAACUAAUUGAAACAA